CCUCAGGACGCGACGACCGCGUUUGUCCGAGACCUUCAGGAGUCGGGUCCCUGAGCCCCAACUGCGGCAGCCAAGGCUGAGCGGAAGGUAGAAAGGGCCCAGCCUGGGUUUAAAGGGGACACUGGCUCAACCAUAAACCCGGAGUUGUGCAUACCCUGCCUUUGCAACCUCCGGCCCACUCACUGCUAAAUGUGCCUCUCGCGGGCCCUUUCCAGUCCCUCGUCGGCUCUCCGCUGCCCUCGGCGGGAGGCCAAAUUCCCCCACGUCACGCAGAGGAAAGGCCGAUGCUGAGUGGGCAGCUGGUCGGGCGCCUGUUCUCCAUGGCCGGUCGCGUGUGUCUAUCCCGGAGCAGCGCAGGAUUGGGGACCAUCGGUCCCGUCGAGGCAGCCAUUCGCAUGAAGUUGGAGCAGGCCCUCAACCCCGAGGUGCUGGAGCUGCGCAACGAGAGCGGCGGCCAUGCAGUCCCACCAGGCAGCGAGACGCAUUUCCGCGUGGCGGUGGUGAGCUCUCGCUUUGAGGGACUGAGCGCCUUACAACGGCACCGGCUGGUCCACGCUGCCCUGUCUGAGGAGCUGGCUGGGCCGGUCCACGCACUGGCCAUACAGGCACGGACCCCCGCCCAGUGGAAGGAAAACCCUCAACUGGACAUGAGCCCCCCUUGCCUGGGUGGGAGCAAGAAAACUCGGGGAACCCCCUGAGCCCCGAGAGAGGGAAGACCAGGAUUCUAAUGGUUUGGGAAUAAACUACGGGCUUUCUUCCCUUCAAUACAGUCUGGUAUUUGUAAGGGGUAAGGACCCUUGGGUCCCAUUCAGCCAGCACAUACAUAUUCUCUGGAGUUAGCAACUCAUUUCAGAUCCAAGCUUACCCAAGGAAAGAGUAGAAUCACUCACCACUGCCCUUGCCCUUUACUAUUUAGGAAAAGCUGCCCAGGCAUUUCGUGUUAAAU